GUUCGUCCUGUGAGGAAGCCUGAAACACUUCAUCGAAAGGCGGCUGAAGAAGAGAGGAUACCUGAGAAGAAGCCAGCUGAGCAGCUUCCUGUUGAAGUUGAGGAAGUAAAAGUUAAAAAGGUGUUGAAGAAACAAACAGAGAGGAUCUCUGUAGAGAAAACAAUGCCAACAAAGACCCCUGAUAAAACACCUGAGAAGAUACCUGAAGCCAAACCCAAACGACAGGCUGAAGAAACUCUUCCUAAAGUAAUAGAAACUAAGAAGAUUGAGAAGAUUCGGCCCACAGAGGUUGAACAAGAGAAAAAAGUCCCUCCUCCUGAAAAAGGUACAAACCAUCUGAACACACGAUGAAGUACUCUAACCAUCUUAAUCUUUAUCUGGUGGAUUAUCACCUGAAACAUUAGCCUCUUAAUCUCUGUGCUGUCUCUCUCUAACACUCCUGAUUGUCUUUGUGUUUUGUUGUCUUCUCUUGGCGCCGCCACAUGACGCCUGUUCUUCAACACCUCUUAAAACUUCCAGCAACUACAACACUUGUCAAGAUUGAGCAAAGAAAAGGAUCUCAGAAAAUACAGGAAGUUUAUUAUGUAACAGAGAAAGUGUCUCCCGCAGAAGAAACAUGGGAACACGAAGAGGUAGUGGAAAAACACGCUGAAUUGUACGAGGACAAAGUGGCUCAUCUGGGCGAGACCAUAGUGUUGUUAUCAGAAGUAGAUGUCUUAAGUACCACAGAAAAACCAGCCCAAAGUGACAAAACGUCUGAAUUAAGAGGUGAGAUAUCUGUUACUGAAACUUCACAGAGGAAAGAAACCAGGGUGACCAAAAAAAGGGUUGUCCCUAAAACACAAGAAACUAUAGUUACAGUCCAGAAAAGAGAAUCGGACAUAGAUCGAGAGGUCACAACAUCGCAGGAUGAAAAAACUGGGGGGGAGUUUUUUGUCAGGACAAUGGAGUCACCAACAGAGGAGAUUACAGACGAGAGGAGAGACAGCACAUACGUCAGACACCUGCCAGACAAGGUCAUUUCUAUGCAAGAAACUAGUGUGACAGUCAAAAAGGGAAGGGAGAUGAGCAUCAAAACAGAAAGCAGAGAGAGACGCAAAAUAGACAAAACUGAGGACAUAGAGUCAGUGAAAGAUACAACCAAACCUUCCCCAACUAUAAUUAGCACAGAAUUGAAAAGGUUGAAAAGUGAGAAAGAGGUCACAUACGAGGAAUCAUUUGAUCAUGAUGUGGAGAUAAUAUCAGCUUCUCCAGAGGAAGAAUACAGUAGAGCUGAGGAAAUUACAGAAAUUACAAUUGAGCGGACAAAAGUCAGACUUGAAGACAAACCAACAAAAGUUGAGGACGAAACUCGAAUUAAACAACCUGACAUUUCCGACUCCAGAAAAGAUGAGACCAGUGUGUCAGUAAAGAAACAUGAGCUAGCUGAACAGAAGCGAGAGAAGAAGGUAAAAUCUGAUGAGACAAAAAUGGGGAAAGUAGCUGAAAAACCAAAACCUGAAGCAGAGGUGACCCCCAAACCAAAAGAAUCAGUAACAGAUAUCGACCUUGAGACGCCAAAAGUGAUCAAACAGGAGACUGAGACUAAAGCUGAAGCAGAACAUAAGAAAAAAGAGGAAUCCAAAGAUAUCCGUCCUCAGAGAGUUGAUACUGAAAAGAUAAAAGAAGAUACAAAACCUUCAGUCCCUUCAAAACCAGAGAAGAAAAGGAUUUCCCCACAAACAGCUGCCAGAGAACCAGAGGCCAAGGCUGAGACCAUUCCCUCAACCACUGGUACUACUUUGUCUCCUGAAACACAAGCUGAGAUAAAAGGAAAAACACCAGAAAGAGGUACAACGACACCAUAUUUUCUUGUCCUUGAUUGUCAGCUCUUACUACUUUCUUAUUAUUUCUAUGCUCUAUGUUUGUCUUGUUUAACUCCAAAUGUUUGUGUCUGUGUUUUUGUGUUCUUUUUCCUAAUCUCUUGGCACCGCCACAUGGUGCUUUGUCUUCACACCUCUUAAACUCUUCCAUCCUCAAGAGGCCAUCUCUGGCCUUUUAAAGGCUGAGAAAAGAGAAGGAUCUCAGAAAAUCCCGAAACAUUUCAUGUCAAAGGAAGUGUCCUCUGCAGAGAAUAUCAUAGAAAGAGAAGAAGUUGAAGAAAAAGCUAAAAUGCACGACAAGGAUAAAGAAGAAAUUCUGGGCAAAAGUAUUAGAUCUGUGCAACAAGGGAUUUUAAGUAUGAUGCAAGAACCUGAUGAAGUGUCUGAAAUAAGUGGUGACAUAUCUGUUACUGAUGGUUUAAAGACACAGGGCCUUAAAAUGAGACUCACCCCAAAUACUAAAGAAAAGGUCAUGACAGAAAAUGUGUCCAAGAAGAAAACAGUUGUGGCAGUUCAGGACAAACUUACUGAACAAAAAUCUCAAGUUGAAGAGUUUUCUUUCCAAAAUACUGAUUCUCCGACAGCAGGUAUAGAAAUAAAAGACAUUAAAAAAGAUACAAAAGAGCAUAAGGAAGCUUCUCAAAGUAGUCAAAGAAAAGUUGAGAGUCCAGAGCCAGUUUGUGUUAAAGGUGUUCCUGAUCAAAAACAGGUGGUGGGACCUCAAUAUGUGACUUUUAAGGCUGAUUCUGAAGAGAAGGAAGAUAUUUUCACACAAGGGCUCAAAGAUAAACCUAAAUUAUCAGUUAGAAAACCUGAGUUAACCAGUAUGACAGACAGUAAGCCUUUAGAAAAGGCCGGUCUCCAGUGCAUAUUAAAGGAAGAUGACGUAGAAGACAAACCUUUAGAGGCUGAAAAUAUUGAAGUGACCUCAAAGAUACAAGAAACCGAUUCUUCAGAGCGUGUUAAACCAAGCAAAAUGAUAUCUUCCAAACCUGGAAUCAUAGAAUCUGAGGAAGAAGAGGAACAGCUGUGUACUACUGAGAACAUCCAGUUAAAGGCAGAAAUGACUGGAAAACCCAAGGCUGCCAAACAGAAAACAUUUUCUAAGAAACCAAUCAGACAAGAGAGAGAUUCACGAUCCAAAAAAAGUGCAUUGGAAACUGCAGAGGACAAACCUUUGGAAAAUGUAUCACAUAAGGAUAAAAAUAAGAUUGAAGAAAUUCACUCAGAGAAAGAAAUACAAAAUAACAAAGUUGAUACUUUGAAAAAGACAUUAGACAAGAGACCAGAUAUAAAGGAUCCAACUCAGGAAAAACACAUCACAGAUAAGGAAUUAAUGGAGGAAGACAUUUCUGAAAAAUUCCCUCUAACUGGCGAACAUAUUAGUGAAGGUGUAGGACUAAUUGAGAAAUUACAAAAACCAAAAGAGGUUUAUAAAAAGAAAAUGCCACCAUCAAAACAAAAAGAAGAGGCUGUAGAAAACAUAGAAGACUUUGCUAGUUUUCAGUUGAGGGCAGUCACUGUAAAAGACCAAAACAUGAAACAAGCAGAACAGAAACGGAAAGAAGGAAAGACCUCAGCUAUAAUGUUAAACAAAGAAAUGCCACUGUCAACCAGCGGGCCUCUGCCUGAAUCUAUAUUGUCCAAAGUAGUUACACUUAAAGACAAAUUGGUCAAAGUCAGUCCUAUGGAAGGAACAACAGAGACGAAACCCGAUGGAGAGAUUUCAGUUACUCCUGUAACAGAAGUCAGACAUCCAGAGUCAGAAAAAGAAACCACAACUGAUGAUUCCUUACAAAAGGGUGAAAUCAUAUCACAGAGCAAGACCCCAAAGAAAGAUGUUGCUCAAAGAGUGAGACAGCAAACAGCAGUUGAAGAUGAAAACCAGUUUGAGGCAGCUCUCAUUAAAGAUAAACAUGUCCAAGUAAGUCUAAAAGAAAAGACAAAACCAAGACAGGAGCAAACUGAAAAACUGACCUCCAUGAAAACUGAGAUAGAGGGACGACCUAAACAAACACUGGUAGAACAACAUACCACAAAAGUCAAAGACAGUGUGAGAAAAGAUAAAACUGUUAAAGCAGAAGAAAUUCCUCCUUCAAGACCAAUUCAUUUAAAAGAAAGACAACUGAUGUUAAAAGAAACUAAGGACCUAGAAUUAAAAGUUGAGCAAGAGCUAUUUAGAACUGAAGACAAACAAGAAAGAGUUCUUCCAACCAAAGAGAUAAAAACAAGACAAGAACAAGCUAAAAAGGAGAGACGUCAAAGUCUAGACAAAUCUGAGGAGGUUACAACCAAAGAAAGUCAGUCAAAUGAGAUUGAACUAAAAGAAGUCCAGUCAAAGACAGAUGAGACAGAGGACAAACUCAAUAAGGUUGCUAAAACUGAAGAGCAGAAACUGAUAAAGCAGGAUCGGCCUCAAAGAAAGACAUCAGUUGCAGAUUUGGUAGCAGCAACAUCUGAAGAAUUACUGACAGAAAAAAUACAGAAGCUAGCCAAACCUAAAGAGGCUGCUGUUGUUUCAGUACAAUCAAACCUUGCCACAGUUAAAGACAAAUAUUCUAAAGUUACACUAAUUGAAGGGAGAAAACCAAGACUUAAAGAAAUCCAAGGAAAGACCCUUAUAACAGAAGAGGUAUCAACAGAAGAAAGAUGCCAAAUGACAGAGAGCGAGUCAGUAUCAGAACAACAGAAAUUCACCAAACCCCAAGAGAUUAUAGCUGAAAAAGAUCAACUAAAGUUUAGUAUAGUUAAAGAUAAAACUUUUAAAGUUACUCCUCUUAAAGAAGUGAAAACAACACAGGAACACAUUGAAGGAAAGGAUUCAGUUACGCCUGUAAUGGAGGAAACUUGUAAAGAUUUGGAAGUAGCUCCUGAAAAACAUGCAGAGGUCAAAGAAACUGAAUUUGCAACAGCUGAUAAGGUAAUUAGUGGGUCAGAGGAUAUUUCUCAGAAGAAAUCAAUAUCCCUGAAGAAGAGAGGACAAAAGUUAGCCAAAAAUAAAGAGGUUGCAGAUGAACAAAUCCCACCAAAAUUCAUCACAAUUAAAGAUAAAACACAAAAAGUGACUCAAAUUAAAGGUACACGUGAAAAACAUGUUAAAGCUAAAGAAGUUGAUAAUGAGCGUCCAGAAUUCGAUGGGGAAAUUGAUACAUCAGAAAGGGAAUCAGCAUCCUCACAAGAACCCCAACAGGACCUUACGAGACCUCAAGAGGUUAUAGCUGAACGAGACCAGUUCAAGUUCAGUACAGUUAAAGAUAAAACUUAUAAAGCUACUCCUCUUAAAGAGACACAAUCAAAACAGGACCAAUUGGAGAGAAAGGUUUCAGUUACACCUUUGAUGGAGGAAACUUCUAAAGAUUUGGAAUUAUCUCCUGAAAAACAUGCAGAGGUCAAAGAAACUGAAUUUGCAGCAGCUGAUAAGGUAAUUAGUGGGUCAGAGGAUAUUUCUCAGAUGAAAUCAAUAUCCCUGAAGAAGAGAGGACAAAAGUUAGCCAAAACUGAAGAGGUUGCAGAUGAACAAAUCCCACCAAAAUUCAUCACAGUUAAAGAUAAAACUGAAAAAGUGACUCAAAUUAAAGGUACACGUGAAAAACAUGUAAAAGCUAAAGAGGUUGAUAAUGAGCACGCAGAAUUCGAAGGUAUAGAUAGAGAAACAGGAAAGGGAGACAACAAUCAAUUUGAAUCCAUUCCUGAAAAGAAAGAAAUAUCACUGACCAUGAGAGGAGAGAAAUCAACAACAAAGAAAGACAAAACAGUCAAAUAUGUUCCUCUUGAAGAAAGGAAAACAAGGCAGGAACAAACUGAAACAAAGGCAGAAGUUACACCUGAGAAGGAAGCCCAGAAAUUAGUCGAAAUUCACGAGAUAACAAUUAAAGAUGAAACUGGAAAAAUCCCUUCAACAAAACCAGCAAAGAAAGAGCAAAUUAAAAGAAAAGCUUUGGCUAGAGAGAUCCAUGCUGAGACAGUGUCAGUUAAAAAUGAAUAUGGUAGCGUUACUCCAUUUGAAACAAAACAGGAACAAGUUGAGAGAAGAAUUUUAGUGACACCCGUGAUGGAAGUUGCAUCUGAAAAAUCUCAGACUGUAAAAGAUGGAGAACCUAUUUCAGAAUAUACUUCCUCACAUACUACUGUUAAACAAGCCAAGACCAAGGAAGAUGUAGUUAAAGAUAAACCAGAGAAAACCGAAGCUAAAGGAGAGGCUUCAGUAGGAGCUGAGCCAGACGUAGCUCAACACACUUUGGUAGAGAAACUUACUGGAACGGACAAGAUCACUGCAGUUCUUCCUGUUAAAGAGAUGAAAACCAAACAGAAACAAAUUGAAACAAAGACAACAGUUUCUCCUGUAAUGGAGGUAACAAAGAAAUCAAAAUCCCAAACAGAGAAAGGCCAAAGGCUGGGCAAAAGUACAAAAAAUUCUUUUGAGGAAGUGCAGUCCAAGAUAGUCGUAGUAAAGCAUAAAUAUGGUUGUGUUACUCCAUUUGAAGUAACAGAAAGAAAACAAGUUGAAACAAAGUUUUCAGUGGCGCCUGUGAUGGAGUUUGCAUCUGAAAGAACUCAGAUGGUUAAAGAUGGAGAUGUUAAAUCAGACACUCUCAAGUGGUAUACCACACCUGAUCAGCUAGUGAAAGAUAUAACAUCAAUAAAAAAGGAUAUUUAUGAAAUGGAUGAUGUUUCACCAAAGAGAAUGGAGUCUAGUCACCAAAACAUUAAAACUGAACAAAUCAAGUCAAAAGUAGACACAGUUCAAGAUAAAACAGAGAAGGUUACACCCAUUAGAGAGAAAUUACCUGAAAGUCACAUGCAAAUUGAAAGAAAGGCCUCAGUUACAUCAAAACCAGAAGUAAAAUAUCUACAAUCUUCAGUAGAGCAAGAAGCUACGGAAAAACUUACAGUUGUAGACCAAACCACCACAUUUUCUCCAGCUGAAAAAAUAAAACAUACCCUAAAGCAAACUGACAAAAAGACAGCUGUUACUCCUGUAACAGGGUUGACAGACACAGAGAUUAAAGGCAUUCAGUCAAAGGAACCAAAAUGUGUCAAAAAGAUAGGACAGAUGUUGGACAAACAUACAAAAAUGUAUCCUGAGGACGUGCAGUCCAGGACAGUUGCAGUUAAAAAUGAAUAUGGUAGUGUUACUCCAUUUGAAGUAACAGAAACAAAAAAGGAACAAGUAGCGAGAACAAUUUCAAUUGCACCUGUAAUGGAGGUUGCAUCUGAAAAACAUCUCAUAGUUAAAGAUGGAGAGUUUAAAUCAGAUACUCUCCAAAGAUUUAUUACACCUGACAAACUAGUAAAACACAUUGCAUCAAGGAAAGAGGACAUUUAUGAAUCCAGUGAGGGUUCACUCAUAAGACAUUCACAAACUCCAGAUUCUGCCAAGGAAAGUGUAGAAGUAGUAAAAGAAGUCACAAGUCAAUUUAAAAUGGACAAAAUUGCAUUUGUGGGUGAUACAGUACCAACGAAGCAGACACAAACUCAACAAAUGGCAAAAAUGACAGCUGCUACUCACCAAAAGGAGGAAGGAGAAGACACUAUAGCAAAGGCGGUUGUCCAUUCACCAAGGCAUGGAGAAGGUAAAUAUGAUAGUACAUCUCCAAAGAAAGCAGACUCCCUGAAAGAUCAAGGACAGGUUACAGUUGAAGGCAUUCAGUCUAAAACAGACACAGUUAAGGAUGUUUUUCUCAGUGUUACUACGAUUACAGAAGAAAAGCAGGAACAAAUAGAAAGAAAAGCUUCAAGGACACCUAUAAUGAAUGUUGCAUAUGAAAAACUGUUGAUUGCAAAAGAACGAGAUAUUACAUCAGAUACUCCACUAAGAUAUAUUUCCCCUGAUGAGCUAGUAGAAGGCAUUACAUUUACAAAAAAGGUUUACAAGUCUGAUGGUAUUUCAUUAGAGAAAGACGAAUCCACAAUAGAUAACAGGCAGAUGUUAUGGAUGGAUAUGGAUAAAACAGCUACUAUUAGUCCUAUUCAAGGAACAAAGAUGAAGCUGGACCACACUGAAAGCAAAGCUGUGGUAAUGCCUACAACUGAGGUGACAUCUACAGAAUCACUUACAGCAGAUGGUAGACCAGAAAAGUAUAUUCUCAAAGACGGAGCCACAACAGAACAGGAAUUUAAAACAACUAAACUAUACAUUAAAGACAAAGAUGAAAGGCCAAAAACAGUCAUAAUUGAGGACAAAGCUGCAAAACUUAGUUACAUAGAAGGAAUGAGAGAGAGACAGGAACAAAUUGAAAGGCAAUCCACAGUUACAUCUCUGUUGGAGACAACAUCAAAAGAGUCAUCAAUUGAGCUGGAUGCUUUGGAAAGACAACAGAAAGCUAAACCCAAGGAAAUCAAGACAGAAACAGUGAUAGGGAAAGGCAAAAUCAAAGAAUUUCAUGAAAAAGAAAAAACUGAUUUAAAAACCAGAGAACAAGAACAAAUCAAAGUUGAGCAAUUACUUACACCCACAAAAAGAAGUAAGAAAAUGUAUCAGUCCCCAGAGAUGUUCGAUGAAGAAGUGAAGAUUUCCAAAAAAUACGUACCUACAACAACAGAGUCAAAAGAUGAUAUUGAUGUGAUGCAUUGGCAUGAGCCCACAGUCAGAAAACCCUCGGUAACAGAUACAACCAAGCCAAAGACGGUCGAGAAAAAGACUGCUCACUACAAAACAGAUGCUCCAGAACAUGGGGAAGGUGCCACCAGGAAAUGGGAAUCAGAGGUUGAACAGUCUUGUCUGGAGGCACAUGUCCGAUACCUGCCUCCUCAGGAAGCUGAAACCAUAACCAGAAAGGAGGGAGAAGUUGAGGGACGUCAAUCCUUCAUAGAAAGAAGGGUUUUGUCUUUGGAACCAGAAGGGAAAGAAAAUGCCUCCCUUCAAGAAUCGUCAAGAGGUAUAUAGGGAAAAAUUUUCUCUGUCACGAGCACGUGUUUUUUGAUCUGAGCACCAAACAUUGUCGUACACCCCUCCUUUAUCAUCCACUAUAAAAUUUAUCAGAUUCAUACCUCUUUGUCGUCAUCAUUUCAAGAGGAUAUCCAUAUCAU